AUGGCUCAACCUGACCCAUGCACAGAUUUCAGUUUCGGAACCUUCGUCUCUCCCGAUGCUGCUGGUUCCUCCAGUUUGCUCUCGACCUGGUGCGGCAGCCCUCCGUACGCUGCGCCUGAGAUCUUCAAAGGAGAGCCAUACGUCGGCACCAAGGCAGACAUUUGGGUAGGCCUAAUGGAUCUUUCUUUUCUGCGAAUAUGA